AAUUCCAUUUCGAAACCUUGGAAAUAAUCUAUCUUAACGAAAAAGAAGCAAUUUUUUUUAACGAAGUGAAGGCAUUUGAAAACCAAGUUUUCACGCCCAUCCUAAUGGCAAUUACAAGUAUCUAAAGUUGAAAUAUUUUUCAAUGACUAACCUUUAUUGUUCCACGUAUGAAUACCCGAAAACUUUCUAUUCCAACUGCGCAAAUAUGCAGAUGUUAGAAUCUAAAUCUAAAUACAGGGCUAUUGACGCUUUUAGUCUCCUAAAUAGUUUGCAAUGCGUAGUCGCGGUCCCCAGUUGGGACCUACACUGAAGUCUAAUCUAGUUUCCUUCGCCUCCCACAGUAACCCAGAAGCAAAGUAACUGAAGGAAAAUAUACACAGUGCAGAAAAAACUGGGGCAAACAUGGACCCAUAACCUACUUACCGCACACAACGUAUAAAAAAUUCGCCGUCGCGAUAGCUCGACUUCUGCGCCGAUCGCUCCCGCCACCAAGUUAAAAAUAUCCAAAUAACGUCUACCGCGCAUACCCGCCCCCGUGUGCGUGAGCCCCAUAUCCUCUGUACAUAUGUACAAUACUUGUCGUUGUCGUCGUCGUGCAUCGUUGUUGUUCUCGCUGUUAUCCUAAUUAUUUAUCUUCGUCCGCUGGCAGUAACCUGCGAAUAGUAACAUAACAAAAGUGUGUUCUUCGGUGUUGUCUCGUGUAAGUGUCUAUAAUUUGUUUAAGUACGACAAGCGAUCGGUGCGACUCAAAAAGUUCCAAGUCACCUGUCUGUGUGUGCAAUCCCACAAUAUCGCCAUCAAGCAACCACUGGAACUACCAAACCAAUCGACGCCACCAAACCCCAAUAUCUGAAAUUGGCAAACAACUAAAUGUAUUUGUCUUCAAAGCGCUCUGGAUCCACUCGUCCUGGAGAAUUCAUGUUGUAAGAAAUCCGUUUUAAUCAACACUAUUUGCAAGAAAUUACUGAUCUUACACUAAAAUUAUUUGUUUUCCGAUAAGUAAUUAAAAACAAUAUUACAAUUUCGACCGGGUAAGAUAAAAAUUACAAUUUAUGGAUUAAAGAAGGCUCAGAUGAAGAAACUUAAAAGCACGGAUAACCAAAAUAAAAACCAAAUCCAAACCAUCAAAAAAAACGAUUAAGUUCGAGGAAAAGCACACACAAAAAAUCAAGAAUAAUAAAUGAUGCAUAUUAAUCAAAAAGGAAUUUAACUCAAUUGUAUGGAAACUAGAAAUGUUACAUUCACACAACACAAACCACAAUAAUAACAAUAACCGCAAAAACAACAACAACUUUAACCAAGGCUAUAAAAUGCAUUUCAAAAGUGCAACGGCGGCUAAAGCAACAAUAAUGAAACAUAAGUUAAGCAAAUAUUACGAAUAUGGUUGGAUGCAAGUCUUCCUACUACUAACAGUCCUCGUGAUUGGUAAUCAAAGUGCCUGGCAGGAGAAUAUACGACCAAAACUCUACGUUGAAUUAGGUCCCGAAGAUGUACUGAAGUUUGUGGGUAACGAAAGUGUCGUGGAUCACUUUAAGCUCGUCACAAAGGAUGGCAACAGUCUGCUCAUCGGUGCCAGAAAUACGGUUUUUAAUUUAAGCAUACAUGAUCUCGUCGAGCAGCAGCGUUUGGUCUGGACGUCGCCAGAGGAUGAUACCAAAAUGUGUCUCGUCAAGGGCAAGGAUGAGGAGGCCUGUCAGAACUACAUACGCAUCAUGGUGGUGCCAUCGCCGGGUCGCCUCUUCGUCUGCGGCACCAACUCCUUCCGCCCCAUGUGCAACACUUACGUGAUCAGCGAUAACAACUACACGCUGGAGGCAACAAAGAACGGACAGGCGGUGUGUCCCUACGACCCCCGGCACAACUCCACUUCUGUGCUGGCUGACAACGAACUGUACUCCGGGACCGUGGCGGAUUUCAGUGGGAGCGAUCCGAUUAUCUACCGAGAACCCCUGCAGACCGAGCAGUACGAUAGCCUUAGUCUCAACGCGCCGAACUUCGUGAGCUCAUUUACGCAGGGAGACUUUGUCUAUUUCUUCUUUCGGGAAACCGCUGUGGAGUUCAUCAACUGCGGCAAGGCGAUUUAUUCGCGCGUCGCCCGCGUCUGCAAAUGGGAUAAGGGGGGCCCGCAUCGAUUCCGAAACCGCUGGACGUCCUUCCUUAAGUCCCGACUCAACUGCUCCAUUCCUGGCGAUUAUCCCUUCUACUUUAACGAGAUCCAAUCGGCCAGCAAUUUAGUGGAGGGACAGUAUGGCUCUAUGAGCUCGAAACUGAUCUACGGAGUCUUCAACACGCCGAGCAACUCGAUUCCUGGCUCAGCGGUUUGUGCAUUUGCCCUUCAGGACAUAGCCGAUACGUUUGAGGGCCAGUUCAAGGAGCAAAGCGGCAUCAACUCCAACUGGCUCCCAGUAAACAAUGCCAAGGUGCCCGAACCUCGCCCUGGCUCCUGUCACAACGAUUCGAGAGCUCUUCCGGAUCCCACAUUGAACUUCAUCAAAACGCAUUCGCUAAUGGACGAGAAUGUGCCGGCAUUUUUUGGUCAACCGAUUUUGGUCCGGACGAGCACAAUAUAUCGCUUCACCCAAAUCGCUGUAGAUGCACAGAUCAAAACUCCGGGCGGCAAGACAUAUGAUGUUAUUUUUGUAGGCACAGACCAUGGGAAGAUAAUCAAGUCGGUCAAUGCCGAAUCCGCCGAUGCCGCGGAUAAAGUGACUUCCGUGGUCAUCGAGGAAAUCGAUGUCUUGACCAGAAGUGAGCCCAUUCGUAAUCUGGAGAUAGUUAGAACCAUGCAAUACGAUCAACCCAAAGAUGGCAGCUAUGACGAUGGAAAAUUAAUCAUUGUGACGGACAGCCAGGUGGUAGCCAUUCAAUUGCACCGCUGUCACAAUGACAAAAUCACCAGCUGCAGUGAGUGCGUCGCAUUGCAGGAUCCUUACUGCGCAUGGGACAAAAUUGCCGGCAAGUGCCGAUCCCACGGAGCGCCCCGAUGGCUGGAGGAGAACUACUUCUACCAGAAUGUGGCCACCGGCCAGCAUGCGGCCUGCCCCUCAGGAAAAAUCAAUUCCAAGGAUGCCAACGCAGGGGAGCAGAAGGGCUUCCGCAAUGAUAUGGACUUAUUGGACUCGCGACGCCAGAGCAAGGAUCAGGAAAUCAUCGACAACAUCGAUAAGAACUUUGAAGGUCCCCAAAUCUCUGCAGAUAUUAUCAACGCCCAGUACACGGUGGAGACCCUUGUGAUGGCCGUCUUGGCCGGCUCGAUUUUCUCGCUGCUGGUGGGCUUCUUUACAGGAUACUUCUGUGGUCGCCGAUGUCAUAAGGACGAGGACGAUAAUCUGCCGUAUCCCGAUACGGAGUACGAAUAUUUUGAGCAGCGGCAAAAUGUCAAUAGCUUCCCUUCGUCCUGCCGCAUCCAGCAGGAGCCCAAGCUGCUGCCUCAGGUGGAGGAGGUAACGUACGCGGAACCGGUGCUUCUACCCCAGCCGCCGCCGCCAAACAAGAUGCACUCGCCAAAGAACACGUUGCGCAAGCCGCCCAUGCACCCGAUGCACCAGGGCCCCAACUCGGAGACCCUCUUCCAGUUCCAGCCCGACGGCUACAAUACCCAGCAAUCGUAUCGCGGUCGCGACAACUUCGGAACCCUACGUUCCCACCAGGUGAUGGGCGACAACUAUAGGCGCGGAGAUGGAUUUUCCACCACCCGCAGCGUCAAGAAGGCUGUAAGCAACACAAACACACGAAACAGAAGUCUUGGUCGCGCAAGAAGACAGCCGCCCCGUCAUGGCAUUGUAACUCAACACCGUUCAAAUAGCCCCCAGCAGCAACAGCAGUCACAGCAGCCGCACUCCAGUUCCGGCUCCUCACCCGUAAUGUCCAACAGCAGCAGCAGUCCGGCCCCGCCAUCCAGCAGUCCCAGUCCGCAGGAGAGCCCCAAGAACUGCAGCUAUAUCUACCGUGAUUGAUUGAUAUGCAACACCAAAUCGAUGCCACUCAUCCAGGCGCAGUCCACGCACACCCAGCCACACCACCACCCACAUCCGCAUCCGCACCCGCACCCGCAUCCGCCCCUCGGUCCGACCACGCCCCCAGCACAGCCACUCGCCGAGAGUCCGAUUGUCGGCAGGACAUAUGCCAAGUCCAUGCCGGUGACGCCAGUUCAACCGCAAUCGCCGCUGGCGGAGACGCCUUCCUACGAGCUUUACGAACGCCAGUCCAACGCCAGGUUCUAUUUCAAUGAUGACGACGAUGAGGAUGAGGAGAUGGAGGACACCUCAUCGCUGGCCAUGAUCACACCGCCUCCGCCAUACGACACACCUCACCUGGUCGCUUCGCCACCCUUGCCGCCGCCCCGUAGGUUUCGCUUCGGCAACAGGGAGCUGUUUAGCAUGAGUCCUGCCGGAGGCGGAGCCACGCCAACGACCUCGGGAAGCUCCACCAACCGCGGCAGCAGCGCCAUAACGCCCACCAAGCUGAGUGCAGCGGCAGCGGCGAUGUUUGCCGCCCCCCAAAUGGCCACCCAGCUCAACCGGAAGUGGGCACACCUCCAGAGGAGGCGGCGCAGGCGCAACAGCAGCUCCGGCGAUUCCAAGGAGCUGGACAAGCUAGUGCUGCAAUCAGUCGACUGGGACGAAAACGAAAUAUACUAGCAAUAAGCCACUGAUCAGAAACAAAAAUACUAUCACACGAAAUGAAUAGACUACAAUUUCACUUUUUAAGACAUCUUCAGACAGUUGUUCUAUCAGUUGUGCUAUCUAGAAUGGAACUGGUUUCUGUUUCCUAAAAAGUGAACAAUGAACUAUAAAUUUAAUAAAAGACGUGUUUUUAGGCAGGAUAUUCAGAGCUUGAUAUUAAGGUAGUAAAUUGUAACCGACAUUGCGCUAGUCUCAAAUGAGGAGAGUAAAUUAUAUAAAUUGUAAUCUUUCACCUAUUAAGCAAAUGUUUAGAUUUUUUACAAUUUAAUGCAUUUUUAAUUUUAAAAAUUUAUUUUUUUUAAAAGAAUAAGGUCGAAACUAACAAAAUUCAUUCGACGUAAACUAAAUGUUUGAUUUAUUUGUGAAAAAUAUUUAGUUUAUUAAAAAAUCUAUUAACUGUGAUCUCCCUAACUAAAAAGUUACCAUUUACUACCUUAAAUUUUCACAAGUUCACAAGUGGCUUAUUCACUUCUCCCCCAACCCUCCCCCUCCCUUAUACGAUAAGUAGCAAUCGAAGAAAUCAUUCAUCAGCGAUAGGAAGUGGAUCGGGACUUACUUACACACAAAAGCCAGAGAAGUUAUACACGAGAUUUAUAGUUAUAUAGCCUUUACAUAUUCUAUUCCCAGAUCUGCUAAGUAUACACGAGCGUAGCAUAACAUACAUAUUUAUGACUAUAUACCUUUUGAUUACAUAGACACGGUUCAAGAAAGUUACGCUGAAUCGGAUCUGAUAAAUGAUAUUGUUAGUUACCACUGCAAAAAAUGAACAGUUGUAUAUAUUAAUCCUAAAGAUUGUCAAGACGUAACGUAAUCUAAGCAAAUCUUAUUCGAAUAGAGUAUACACGACAUACAAGAUUUUUUGCAUUUAACCCAGAGAAAGUAAAAAUAGAAUAAAUUUGAGAAGCAUAAAUAGUUGCGGAAGAUGAUGAAACAAAACAAAACGCUUAUUACUGAUUUACACAAAACAAAUUAAUUACCGAAAUAGUAGAAAGGCAAACAAAUUAGUAUUAAGCCGUCAAAAACCGGGGAAGUAUAAGGGAAUCGCAUUCGGGACUCAUUCCGAACUGGAUCUGGAACUGUAACUGUCAACUGCAAUGCAGCUUUCUAUCAUAAUCGAAUCCAUCGAGUGCUUUUUCUAUUGUCAAUUUAAGUUUCAGAGCCUUAAGCUGUAGUAGUUCUUCAGACUCCAGUGCUUCAGUCUGCCGUAGAAAAAUGUAAAUUAUGUACAGGACUAUAAGCAUUAUUUAACCGAUCUGUACAGAAAGCAGAAUGUGCGAUAUGUGCCAUAAUUGGGUAUGUGCCCACCAUGAGUUUAGUUGUUAUUGUUUGCAAUGAUUCAGAAUAGUUCUGUACUGAGAACCGAACUCGCUCUCUUUGUAUAUAUACAAACAUACCUAAAUAUGCAUGAUAAGGGACACACAAAUUUCAUGUGCAGUGAUCGAUCAAAAUUUAGUGAAAGCAUUUAAGUAAACUUUAGCCUAACCACAUAGGGUUUGUAUUAUAGAUUGGGCCAGAGAGCAGAACAAAACUUUUGAAAAUAUUUUCACUAGGGGCAUUGCUAAUGUUGUUCACGUAAUAGAGUAUAUUAGAAAUAGGCUAAGCUAAUCGGUACUCAAUAUUUUGUAUGAGAAACAUCAAUCAUCAUCCGAUCAAACUUGGAAAUUGCGUUGCAAAACGAGUAAAAAGCGUAGAAAUAUCUAAAUCAAAGCAAAUGUAUAAACUGAAACCCCAUAACAGACAGUAGACUUAAAGUAAAAAUACAAACGCAAGCGUAUAUAUUAAUUAAUAUAUACUUUAUCAAGCUGCAAUUUAGUGCUUUUGAUAUGCAAAUUUACUUUUUGACAAAAUGUAUACAACCGAAAAAUCAAGAGCGUAAAAACACAAAGUUGAAGAAAUGCGAUUAAAUUGAAAAAGCCAAAGACACAAACCAUAAAAAGAUUAUUUUUCAAAGUUAUUUAUCGUUAAGUUUAUUUAUUGGGUUUCUUUUUAUUUAUAAUUUAAUGUAUGUAUGUAAUUGCGCAACAAUAUACGUAGCAAGGUAGUGUCUGUUUAUGCUUACUUUGUUUUUAAAUUGAUUGAUUUUUUCCCACUUUAAGAUACCCGUGUCGAGUACUUUGAAAGCAAUACAAACACUUAAAAUGUUUAAGCAAAAAACAAACGCAAAGAAUCAGCCACAUAGAGUAGCAGCAGAUGGAUAAAACUAGGAAUACACUAGAGUUUUGAACUAAUUCUAGAUCUACGUCAUCUACUUAUACAAGUACACACAAGAUUAACUGAACCAGAUCAUUAACUUUUAUACACUUUACCAUUUACAUAUAUACAAGCAAACUGAAAGCCGAUUACCGAUUAUUCAAUAUAUAUACAAGGCAAAGUUGGACAUGUAAAUGUAAAUUAAGCCAGGUUGCAAUUGAAAGGUUUUACAGUAAAGCAUGCCUACAAACAUAAAUCAGCAACAAGAAGAUCAGAGAAUCCAUGAAUAUAUACUUAUACAUACAUAAAAAUAGAUGACCCAUAUACAUACACUUAUUAAAAACUUUAGAAGAAAGGUUCUUUAGAAAUGCUUUUAAAUAAAAAUAAAAAAAAAAUAAAAAAUGAACAAAGUGAUGUAAUAAACUCACAAAAACAACUUAUUUAAGAAAAAUAUUUUAUUAAAAACACGUAAUAUAAAAAAAAACAGAGUCAAGCGCAAAAAGUCAUCUAACGUUCUUAAAACUUUCAGAAAAAGGGCAUGCCUUUGUGAGAUAAGUCAACUCAGACACUUUUUUAGAAGAAAUUAGAGUUGAUAAAGCGACGUCGUUGAAGAAACUUUAAAGAUAAAUAUAAGCUAAACGGAAACGAUUUUUAACUUUCUCCGUAUAAGACGAAAACAAUUAUUACCUACAGAUUGUAGAGAGCGCAUUCGUAUUUGCUAAUUAGCAACUAUAAAACUAUAAAGAACAGCCAACACUUAAAAUUAGAAGAGAAACCAAGAACCCAAAUACCAAAAAAAAAAAACAACCCAAGAUACGACACACCCAAAUUUUAAUUUUUCAUUAAAAACUAUAUAUAUUCAAGUGCUUCUUACAUAAAAUAAAUAUAAAAAUAUAUGAAAAACUUAUAAAAGAUUAAAUGAUAUAUAUUGCGAGCAGGCAUUAUAAAUACCCACUAACUAGGUUAAGACAUUUACCACAAUCUUGAUCAGUACAUAAAAACUGCAUUAUUAUGUUUUGUGGAAUCAAGCGAACUAUUACAGAUAAUGGAAAUCAGAUUACUGAGCGGACUUAGAGUAAGCGUAAUAACUCUGUACGAUACCCUGUUCCGUUUGGUUGUAUAAUUUCUAAGUAGCCAGCUCUCUUACAUAUAGAAUAAAUACAAACACACACUGACACGUAAUCGAUGCAUUUUACUUACUUGAAGGCCAUAAACAAAACAAAGUUAAGCGAGUUCACGAAUUCAAUUUAUAUAAUUAUGUUAAGAUUUUAUAACGCAACAAGCCUAACGUAUGCAUUACCUAUAUGAAUAUUAUUAUGCAAAACUUUGUAAAUACUUCAUCAACCAAAUAAAUAUUCCUCAAAUCAAAAAAACAACAUCAGAUCCCUAACUGAAACAAUAUGAGCCGGAAGCAUUUAAUUUUCCCCAAAUGGCAUCACACCCACACACAGUUCUUAAGAGAUGCUUGAGCAUACGGUCCGCAAGUAUGUUACCCAUUCUUUAGCGGUUACAAAUACGUAAGGAUAAAUUAAAUUGUUGAAAAUGUAGCGCAAGAUCGUACUCAGUAACGAACUUAUCGAAAACCCCGAGAGUAUAACAAAUGCUUAAUCUAUAAGUUACGAAAGUUAGACACAAAACGGUACUUCCAAGCAACUAUAAAGCUAACAGCAAGCCAUUUAAGUGUAUGAACAAACACGCAAUCUAAACUUUAUGAAUUGAGUUCCCUAAUUCCGCUUAUAGGCACCGAAAGAAUAAACCCUGAUCUCCCAAAGAAGUUCGGAUUGGUAGCGGUUCGUGCAAAACGGUUCCCUCAUUUCCUCAUUCCUCGAGAGAAACCUUCUUUACAUAUAGAACUCCCUUUCGGAUUUCCUCAAGUUUUGGAUUUGGCUCAAAGCAAACGAUUCACAAAUGAAUACUUUAACUCUUUACUAUUGACGCGAGAAAUAUGCGGUAUCUUAAAUUAAAGCAGCACUGCAAAUCGAAGGUCUACGGCAUAAAAAAGAAAAAUAAAAACAACACGAACAACUAAAAAUUGUUAGUAAAAAGACUGAGCUACAAAAAAUAUAAAACAAAAACCAAGGAGACGAAGGAAAACAAAAGCAAAAAACAAAUCAGUGAAUCUUUGAUUAAGUGACAAAUUAAUCAAUGUACUUUUUUGGGUAAACGACUUUCCAUUCGUAUGAUUUCCGUAUGUCCUAAAUUUCGUUAGAAGUUCCUAGGGUAAUCGCAGGCAAACCGAUAAGUACACCACACGCAAUCGCGCCACUUUAAGGAACUUCUGCGUUUGUUUCUCACUUCACAAGGAUUAAUUAGUUGGAGGGAAGCAGCUAACAAAAUACGUAAUUUGAUACAUUAUUUUUAAGUUCGAAUCUGGAUUUGAGUAAAGAGGCUGUUUUCCUUUCGACCACUGCCACAGCAUAAUCGAGAUUAAAAUACAUAGAAAUAAUAUAUAUAAACACUUAUAUACAUAUAUAGACACAAGUAUAUAUGCAUAAACUUGCUUUUAGCUUUCCUAGAACUCUGAUUUCCAUACAUGAAAGUACAGUAAGCUGCGAGUCAUAGGAAAAAGCCAAUCUCAGACACGAAAAAAUUAAACUCAAUCUGAUGAAAAUGACACGAACCCAAAUUCGGUUCGAGACAAACCAAACGGAUCGAAAUUCAUUUUGAAGAAAGUCACACACAAGUUUAACAAGCAUGGCGAAAAGAGAAAUAGAGUAAAGAAAACCAGCAUAUUAUUAAUGAUUAUUGUAUUGUAUUAUUAUAACUGAAAUAUUUAGAUGAAAUGACGAUUCUUAAUUAUAACACAUUAUUAUAAAUACAUACCGGACAAGCCGAAACAAAACAAGAAAUUGAAUAUUGAACUUUAACAAGAAAAAAAAACAAAACGGAGGGAAUGAAAUCGAAAAAUAAUUAAAAAGGAAAAUAUAGAGAAAAAUAUUAUAUUAUGAA